AUGUCUUGCUCUACUGUCGAAUCAAAACCCUCGCAAUCAGUUAUGGUUAAGGGACCAAUCAGUGUUACUAUUUCACAUAGUAUUACCCCUACUACUCCUACUACUGUUACUACUCCUACUACCAUUACUGCUAAUAUUGGAACACCUGAGAUUAGUAAUUCCACAACAGAAAGGAUGACUUAUCCAUACAAGAAACGUGCUCGUGAGGAAUUUGAAGAAAAUGAACGAAAGAUUGCUCAGAAAGAGCGUGAAUUACGCGAACAACAAGGAUUACGACAACAAGAGCUUUUACAGGAAGUUCAUUUGCAAGAACAGCAAUCACAGGACUCGCAGCAGAGACAAAAACUUAAAGUGCAAUCAGGAUUCUCGAACAUAUCAGAAAUAUUUACAGCAUCGGAAACUUCUCCAGAUGAAGCUGGAACAAGUGGUUUGAACCUCAACAAAAUUCCUGGUGUUGAAAUGCCACCACAACUACACGAUGACACUUCUGAUGUGGAAGAUGACUCUGAAGAAACAUCUAGCGAUACAUUUGGAUCAUCAGAUGAUACUAAUUUGUCUGAUUUGGAUGAAGCCGCUUGGGAAGCAAAACUGUCAUGUUGUUUAGCGACUGCUGUCGGUAACAAGUACUUUGCUUGCGGUCGUCCGGCAAUUGGUAUUUGGUUCAGCAAUAAAUUGCGACAAAAAGCUUUGAAAAAGAAAUUUCCUUUUGCAUUUAACAAAAUGGUAGCGUCCUUCUUAACUGCAAAAAGAGGACAUUGGUACUUAUGUUUAUUCCAUUAUCGCGUAAUUAUGCAUGAACCGCGUUUGAAAGCUAAUGAAAAUCUCGAUUCACGAGAUCUCACUAAGUAUUUAGCUGUUGAUGUCACAGAUGAUGAAAUCGAAGCUCUAAGAAAUGAUCCCUUAAUUAAAAGUUAUGUCAAGGACGUGGAAGGUGCGCGUGAUGCACUAGAAUCACAAAAGAAGAAAAAGAAAGGACGUUCUGAAACAAGUGGUGUAAAUGUUGAAACCAACCAGAACGAGGCUUCAAACUUUGGUGUACUAGCUGGGAUAUGGCCAUUUUCCGGGACAGAUUUUCAUUCAAUGAAAAGAGGUGAAAAAGUAACAGCAUCUGCUUCAGGAAAAGAAAUGAACACGACAUCUCCUCCUCCUCAAGUACCUUUCCAUGUUCUCUCGGCUACCACUUUACGGCGUUAUAAAAAGCAUUUCAAUCUUCCUCAUCGUUCGAGUGCUAAUACAAAACAGCAGUUAUUGCAAGGUAUACCAGAGCAUUUCGAAACAAUAGAUGUACCUCCAUAUGAAACAGUUUCUCAUUUUUUACACACUGUAAAGACGCACAAAAAUAAACUUGAUUACCCAACUGGAGAAUGA